GACGUCGCAAGAAUUCCCAAAUUUAACUGGGGAUGUUUCACACUGAACCAUUUGAUAACAUCCAUCAAUACUUUUAAUCAAGUCAAUCUACAAGGAAAUCUAGCUUUGCUCCAAUUUUGGUAUUGGGAACAUGUCCGUGCUGGAUCGAUUUUGUAUUCUCGUAUACCCCGUCCGCUGAUGGCACGGUGGGAUGAAGCCACAGGUAAAAUAAGAACCGAGGCUUAUGAUAAAGGAGGCCUAUACAAUGGAUUGAUACCUUUCUAGACUAGACUUAUUUAUUUACUAUAUUUAUUUCUUAGUACUGAUUCUAUAUAUCUUUUCAAAGGUUGUCAUGAGCAUUGGCGAUCUGGAGCCAACCAACAUUACAAAUGACCAGCAUACCAAGAAAGGUACACAUGCGCAUGAAGAUGCUAUCUAUCGACCACAACCACGAGGUCAAACUAUGAGUAGCCAACAAGUAAGUUGCUAGAAGACACAUCCUUUUCAAUAACACAACAAAGGUCACAACGAACCAUACUUAUUUUUCUUCGAACAAAACGAGUUGACAUUUCUUUUAUGCAGAUGGACAUGAUACUUCAAACACAGAACGAUCUAUUUGCAGAACAAGAGAAAAAGUUGGUCAAACAAGUUGUAGAAGUAGAGCACAAAUUAGAUAAAAGAAUAAUCACCGUGACCGAGGACGUGAUAAACAUAAGGGGUAAAAUUGCCACUCAACCUAGGUUGUCCAAGCUGGAGGACGAAGUUGGAGACCUCAAAAGGGUAGUUGGAGACCUGAAAAGGGAACUCCAGGAAUUAAGAUUGCUAGGUGAAACAAACAAACAAUCAACGACAAAGAAUGCAUACGUACAGGAACAAGAGCAACCAAGCAAUGGCAAGUUUUCAUCAACUCCUGGGUUUGACGCAUGGAAAGCACGAAUUUCUGCUGGUAGACCUAGUGCAAAACCUGUGGUGCAAAACAAGGAGUUGGACCAAGACAUCCCACCACGGAAGCCUGUAUUCAACAAUGAUUACGUAUUGAUAGAUGAAGACUAUGAGGCUGCACUUUUCAUCCGAGAGAGUCACGACCUUGUUGAGGUAGUUCACAGCGAAGACAUUGUGCUAACAGUUCAUCAACUCAAGCCAAAUGUUAGCAAACUAUUCUUCGUCGAUGACGUUAUUAAUGCAUAUGCACACAUUAGCAAUGUUGCAACUGAUGCUACACCAUUCAUUUCCACCGUAGAAAGCAAAAGAUUGCUAGGCGAAUUUGGGGGUAUUCCAAUGGGAUGCAAAAGCCCAGAUGUUGCUAAUGUAGCAACGAAAUUUGUAGGACGCAGAAUGGUACGUGUCCCAAUGAAUGCGCACCGCAUGCACUGGUUACUACUCGUGUUUAAUUUAGACAAAGAAGAGAUCCAGGUCCUAAACUCCAACCAAGCAUAUCGUGACAUUGCCAAGGAAACUGCACUGGUGGAGUCCAUUCAGGCGUGUAUCAAUGAAGCGGUCGAGGAUGGCUUGGUAACACCGCCUAAACCCAUCAAUAUUACCCAGUGGAAAACCACUUGCUAUACUAACAUACCACAACAAACGGAUGGUUAUUCCUGUGGGGCGUACACACUCAAAUACAUGUUGACAUGGGACGGAGAUAAAAUUACCGAGGAUUUCACACAGGUCUGCCAAACACUAAAUUACAUUUGCAAUCAUGCACUACCUAUGCUUCAACCUAUCCUAACCUAUGCGUCGCUAUCUAAUUCAGGAAGAAAUAUAUAUUUUCAGCUGGAAAAUAUGUUCAAACUACUGCGUUCAGAUUGCAACAAGCUUCAGAAAAGUUCAUACAAGAAUCCUAUAACGAGGGACGAGUAUGAAGCCAGCAUUCCAGAGGAACGAAAAGGUGAAGACGACGACGUCACGAUUAUCACCGACCCUGAUGUUACAAAGAAAGCAGACACAUCCGGUGCCCCAAAGCGUAAACGUGGACGCCCGAGGAAGAAUGCCCCUCCUAGUAAUCCAGUGAAACAACGAUUUGACACCGAGACUAUCGCUAAACAAGUGGAGUUGCAAAGACGCAAGCGCAAACCAUCAAACGUCGUGUCCAGCCCAUUCGUAAAGCCAUGA